AUGGAAUCUCCCGUCCGCUUCUACGAGAACGAGGAAGAGCUCUUCGGUGCCUCCAAUGAGGCGCCAACCCCUCAUGAGAAGAUCAUAACUCGCCGUUUGCUCAACCUUCUGCACAAGUACAAGGUCGGGUAUACCUGGGUUGACACCGUAGAGGCCGUGGUUGCCUUCCUCAACAAGCUCGACAAACUGGGCAUGCGCAAUAAAGAUGCUCCAGCUGCAUGGUCUUCCAUAGCGACGCAGCGCGAUUCGAAGAACGUCCGGAACAUGAAUCUUCAUGAACUCCAUGCGACGUACAAGCCAAAGACAUUCCGAGAUCUGAACCGUCCCUACAGUAUCGUGUCAAAGAUGCCGGCACUUUACAUCGACUGCGAAGGCGUAAACCUCUCUCGAAGCGGAACGCUGUCGAUCUUCGAGGUUAUGUCGGUUUUGGAGAAUCACGUCUACGUGUUCGAUGUGCACGUUCUGGGCAAGAAAGCAUUCGAGACCGCGGGCGUCAACGGGGUAACGUUGAAGAAGAUCCUCGAGGACCCUGGCAUUGGGAUAGCGUUCUUCGAUGUUCGGAAUGAUAGUGAUGCGCUUCAUCACCAUUUCGGAAUCAAGCUGCAGGGAGUUCAAGAUAUACAGCUGAUGGAGCUCGCGACGCGCAGAGGCGGCAUCGACUAUGUUCACGGACUCAAGCGAUGCAUCGAGGAGGUCACCAUUCACUCCGAACUCUCUUGGGGUGAGCGUAGUGUCUUCAUGCAAGUCAAGUCUGCAGGCCGACAAGCGCUCGGCGGCGAUUAUCGGGUCUUCGCGGAGCGGCCCCUCAAAGAGAUGUUAGUGAUGUACUGCAUCGUUGACGUGGCGUUGCUACCUAUGAUCUGGACCGACUACUCGUGGAUGGUAUCAAAAGAAGGCUGGGCCAAGGUCCUCGAGGUUUCAGCAACGAGGGUUGCAGAAAGCCAGCAAGCAGACUACGAUCCACACAAUCCGAACAAAGUAAUCGCAGACCCAGGCUUUCAACUUUUGCCGCGAGGACUCAGGAAGGUGUCGAACUAUGGCAACGGCGACAUGAUGUAG